CCGAGAGCCCGCGCGGGACUGUAACGCCCAGCGAAGCUUAGCGCCCGGGGGGGGGGGGCUGUUACCCCUGUGCACCAGCGCCCAGGGCGCUACGGAGUGACCGAGCCUGGACAGCCAGGCCGAAGAGCAGCACUACAGGGAGCCCAGCGCAGGGAUCGCUCCUGGGGGACCCCCGCUGGAGAGGGGCAGGGGCAGAAGUGAUUCAGGAAAGCAGAUUCCUAUCACCGUCUCCCCCGGCUGUUCCAACUCGUUCAAACUAGUGCAGAUCACUUGGGGGAAGGAUCUGCCCAAGUCAGUCACUCCAGCAACAGUACCACUGAGGAAACCUCCUAUUGCCAGGGGCUACUGCAAACAGGGGCAGGGCUGGGCACUUACACUGCACCGCCGUUUGAGUUCCCAAGUGGCUCCUAUGCACCCCUCUGCCCCAUUCCUGGGCUCUUAGUCUGUUUCCAUGUCUCAGUUUCCUCUUUCCCAGGGCUUCGGGAAGGGCACUCGCAGCAUGGUGCACAGUAAACUAGGAGCACUGUUUCUCUCUGCCAAGUCCACAAACAGAAAUAUUUACUUAUAGUAAUAGGCAAACGCUAUUCAAAUAGAGCUGGUGCUUACCUUGAGUGUUCACAGAAAGGCAGAGUGUGACAUGCCACUGGAUUUCUCUGGUGAAAGCUCAUGGAACAUGUCCUCUCUGUACUGCAUCUCGCUGGCAGAUGUUGAAGCUGCACAGUCAAGUCUCCAUGGCCUUAUCCACCUCACCCCCAUCCUAACCAGUUCCAGCCUAGACGAGUUAGCCGGCCACAGACUCUUCUUCAAGUGUGAGCUCUUCCAGAAGACUGGUUCCUUUAAGAUCCGAGGCGCACUGAAUGCUGUCAGAAGUCUGGUUCGGGCAGCCCAGGGCGAUAGAGAGCAGCCCAAGGCUGUUGUGACACACAGUAGUGGAAAUCAUGGCCAAGCUCUUGCCUUUGCAGCUAAAGUAGAAGGGAUUCCUGCCUAUGUCGUGGUGCCUCGCACAGCGCCACUCUGUAAGAAAGCUGCCAUCUGCUCCUACGGAGCCAGGCUGAUAUUAUGUGAACCCACUGACAAGUCCCGAAUGGAGGUGGCAGCUCGGACAGUUCAGGAGAAGGAAGGUGUGAUGGUGCACCCCAAUCAGGAUCCUGCUGUGAUUGCAGGCCAAGGCACUAUAGCACUGGAGGUACUGCAGCAGGUACCCCAGGUGAAUGCACUGGUGGUUCCCGUUGGAGGAGGAGGGAUGGUUGCUGGAAUAGCAGUGGCCGUCAAGGCUUUGAGACCAGACAUAAGAGUGUAUGCUGCUGAACCAUGCAAUGCAGAUGACUGCUACAGGUCAAAGGUGACAGGGGAACUCACCCCCAACCGCCACCUCCCCGACACCAUAGCAGACAGUGUUAAAACCAGCAUUGGACCCAACACCUGGCCUAUCAUUAAGGAUUUGGUGGAUGACGUGCUGACAGUCACAGAGGAGGAGAUCCAGCAAGCAACACAGCUGGUGUGGGAGAGGAUGAAGCUGCUUAUUGAGCCAACAGCUGGAGUGGGAGUGGCUGCUGUGCUCUCUGAGCAGUUUCGCUUAGUCUCCCAGGAAGUGAAGAACGUCUGCAUUGUACUGUGUGGAGGAAACAUAGACCUAGGCUCCCUGGCCUGGCUCAGCCCACCUGGCAAAGGGGCAAAUGGAAACUGAUCAGCCUCCAAGGAGUGAGAAACUGGGCUGUUUCUUAGAGCCUGGUGCUGUGUUUGCACAGUGGGGCCUCUAGGAGUUACUGUAAUAAUAAAAAAACGACAUGA